AUGAAACUAUCAUCGACUUUGUGCCUCUCAAUUCUCUCCUCUUUGGCUGCAUCUAAGGUGUCAGCUGUGGUUAUUCCAAAUAUGCAGGAAUCAUCUUCAGAUGUUGCGACCAUUAUGGAAUCGUCUGAAGUUUCCAACGGUGUUGGUUUGACCAAGACUUUUGAUUUCUCCUCUAUUGAGUUGUUGGAUGAGUCUGAAGCUUUGGACAUUCACUUCAAUGAAAAGGCAAUUCCAUUUUCGUUUAUUGUUAUUCUCAAGGAUGAUGUCUCUGAUGAAGCGUUUGACUUUCAUAAGUUGUGGGUCGCUGAUGCCCAAUCCCAAUCUUUUGCUCAGUUGGAUGCUUCAAGUAAGGAGCAAUUUGAGCAAUCUGUGGAAGCUUUGAAGUUCCAUACCAAAUCUGGUGGUAUCAAUCACGUCUUUAAUGCUCCUGGCUUAAAGGGCUAUUCUGGUGUUUUCACUGCUGAAGUGGUUGAUUUAUUAAGACACUCCAAGGACAUUGCCCUUAUAGAGUUGGAUUCUGCAGUACAUACCGUUGGUGAGACCCAAAACAAUGCACCAUGGGGGUUAUCUAGAAUCUCCCAUAGAGAAACCUUGGGCUUAAGUAACUAUAACAAGUAUCUCUAUGAUGCUGAUGCUGGUGAAGGUGUCACUGCGUAUGUUAUUGACACUGGUGUCAAUGUUAAACACGAACAAUUUGGUGGCAGAGCAGUUUGGGGUGCAACCAUUCCAAAUGGUGAUGAUGACAUUGACGGUAAUGGUCAUGGUACUCACUGCGCAGGUACUAUUGGUUCCGAAGACUAUGGUGUUGCAAAAAAAUCCAAGAUUGUUGCUGUUAAGGUUUUAAGAUCAAAUGGUUCAGGUACUAUGUCUGAUGUUGUCAAAGGUGUCGAGUAUGCCGCAAAUGCUCAUAUUAAAGAGGCGAAAUCUGGUGAUAAGGGAUUCAAGGGUUCUACUGCUAACAUGUCUUUAGGUGGUGGUAAGUCCCCAGCCUUAGAUUUAGCUGUUAAUGCUGCAGUUAAGGCGGGUUUGCAUUUUGCCGUUGCAGCUGGUAACGAUGAUGCAGAUGCAUGUGAUUACUCGCCUGCUGCUGCAGAAAAUGCCAUUACAGUUGGUGCUUCGACUUUAUCAGACACCAAGGCAUAUUUCUCAAACUACGGUAAAUGUGUCGAUAUUUUUGCUCCAGGUUUGAACAUUUUAUCAACUUAUAUUGGAUCCGAUACUGCCACUGCCAUUUUAUCAGGUACUUCUAUGGCCUCUCCUCACGUUUGUGGUAUCUUGUCUUACUUUUUAUCAUUAUCUCCAAAAACCGAUUCAAUGUUUUCAACUGCAGCAAUCACUCCUAAGCAAAUGAAGGAAAAUUUGGUUAAGUAUGGUACCAAGAAUGCUUUAUCAUCUUUACCAGAUGAUACACCAAAUGUUUUGAUUUAUAAUGGUGCCGGUGGAGACAUCAGCGAUUUCUGGAAUGCCAAGGAAUCUGCUGAUUCCACCGAAGAUUUACAACGCUCUGUUGAUGUUGCAACAGAAUAUGCUGAAGCACAAUUAGACGAGGUUAAAGAAGAUGUCAAAAAUUUGAUCAAUGAUAUUGUCAACGCUGUUGGACAAGUUAUUGCGGUUUAA